UGUGUAAAGUGUUGACUAAUUCUGAAAGUCAUGAGGUCGUUCUUUCGACAAGAAGUCGCUUAUAAUCCAGUUUAAAUGAUAGCACACAUUGCAAAAUGAAGAACUAUCUUAAGCAUUUCGCAGCUCUAGGACUAUCACUUGGUGCUGCAUACACUUACGCUCAAAUUUCAGCUCGAGACAAGUAUCGAGUAUUUAUGGUAAAUUCAGAACAUUUUAAAAAGUCCGUAAAUCUUCUGCAAGGAUAUCAGCCUGUUGUUGAUUUGUUAGGAGAUCCCAUUACAGCUGACACAGUCGAACUUAAUGAUCCAUAUACACAAGUUGAUGAUUUUUCUGCACAGCUCUCAAUUCCUCUUAAUGGUACAAAAAAGAAUGGCAUCCUACUAACAAAAUGUAGCAGACCAACAAUAGAUGAUGAUUGGGAAGUUGAUAGUUUGGAUUUCAGGAGAGUUGAUAAUUCAAAACAGUGGACAUUUUAUGUUGGCAAAAGUAAACAAUGUGAAGACAAAACAGCAACAAAAGCAAAUGUGACUUAAAACAACAAUUCAAUAUAAUAUCAAAUUUAUCAUAAUAUACCAAUACAUUAUAACAUUGAAUUGUGUACUUGUUUAAAGACUUGAAAGUUUGUUAAUUUUUUGUAUAAUGCAAAAAAAAAUGUGAUUGUA